AUGUCUUACUCGCUAUCUCCUCUCCUGACUCAGUCACUCAGUUGGACUGGAAUCAGCCGCCCGACGCGCCGACGAAUCGCUGGUCGACCGCCUGUCAGAUCCGUGCCACUUUCCCCGACCCAAGGUGCACCUCGAAAUGCAGUUGUGUCACCCCGAGCACGCCAGACGAAUAACUCGACAGUCGCCCUCGAUGUUUUCGGCCGUCCGUCAGACUCGCAUGUUGGGGUCCUUCCGGACGAGAUUAUUGCAAUCAUAGUCGACUACGCCUACCCCCGAACCGAGCCAUUCGCGGUCAUUCGAUACGCCCACGUCUGCCAACGGUGGCGCGCUAUCGUGUUUUCAACUCCAUCCCUUUGGACGAAUGUCGCUCUCCCACCUCAUAUCUCCGACGAAACGGAGAUUUUACGCUGUGUUUCGGAGUGGAUACAGCGCGCCGGUGCGCUUCCUUUCAGGCUUACUAUCGACACGAUAGCCAUGAACCGCCGAACAUCCCUCGAUGUGAUGAGAUCUCUGUCUACCUCCCUCCUCAUGGAACGCUGCGCGCACCUGGCUCUCGAGCCGAAAUUCUUUGACUCGAUUUAUCCCCACGUAGCCUGCCUCGAGAUACUCCCUAACUACGCCGAAUCACCCCGUCCACGAAUCAUUGUCCCAUCAGUCCCUUCGGUUUCCAUCUCCUCCAGCCACGCCCUCUCCAACUUCGACUUCCCCUCCUCUUCGUCCUCAAUCUCAAUCCGUACACUCUCCCUCUCCGCACCAGGAUACACCACUUCCUUCCUCCCGCUCCUCCUCGCCUGUCCUUACAUCGAGGAGUGCACGAUCGCGUACGACGAGAGUCCGUGGUUCAACGAGGAGAACGAGUGGGUGGUGAACACGAACGUGGCCCAGGAGGAGCGGAGCUGGAUGCCGAGGUUGAAGAAAUUGACGGUAGUGAGGCCGCCAAGGAAUGCGCUGAAAUUUAUGAGCAAGGCGGUCUGUGCGCCCGAGUUGGAUGUCGUGGAGGUGCUUUUGAGGGACUCGAAAGGUGUGGAUGGGACGGACUCGGAGGAAGUGGAGAGGGACGUUGAUGGGUUGUGUGAAGCGGAGAGGAAGGAGAGGAAGGUGGUGAAGGUGGUUUAUCUGACGAAAGAGGAGUGGGGGUUAGAUGCGAGGAAUAAUGAUCAUAAGAUGCGUCGCGGAUGGGACGUAUGA